CCGCCGUAACUUUGUCCAUCUCACCGCUCGAACUCGCCGCGAAAAAAUGGAUCUACGGGAAAUGAUCAGGGACCAAACCGACGUCGCUUUGGCCUUCUCGAAGCACGUCCUCCAAACCGAAGCUAACGACUCGAACCUUGUCUUCUCGCCGCUGUCGAUCCAUGUGGUGCUGAGCUUGGUCGCCGCGGGGUCGACGGGCCCCACCCUCGACCAGCUGCUCUCUUUUCUCAAGUCAAAGUCCAGCGACCACCUCAACUCCUUCGCCUCCGAGCUUGUCUCUGUGGUUCUCGCCGAUGGCAGUGCCACUGGUGGCCCUCGAUUGUCGUUUGCCAAUGGUGUUUGGGUUGAUAAGUCUUUCACACUUAAGAAUUCUUUCAAACAUGUGGUUGAGAAUCUCUACAAGGCAGUGUCUAAUCAAGUUGAUUUUCAAACCAAGGUAUUCUGUUUGUUUUUCUGGUCCUCUUUGAUUGGGAUUAAUUGGUUUUACUUUACAAACUAUUCAGCUUGGAUGCCCAAAUUACCUUACACUUUCUCUCUAAAGAGAAGCAUUAAAAUCAUAUAAAUUGCAUUGAAUUGCAUUUCAAUUUUGCAAUAUUGAUGUGUAGAAGAAAUGCUAUAGGCUCUUCUCCGAUCUUCAGAAAUCAGAAUGCCACGUUUUGCUUGAUAGGGUUACCUCUAGAAGUUGCAAAUAAAAUUCUAGUACAAUGAGGGCCUUUUUUUUUUUUAAUGAGGGGUUUCAACUUCUAGUGGAAAGUUGAAUUCUUGCCAUUUGUACAUUGGUAUUGUUAUUACCACAAUUGUUAGAAAUAUGUGAGGGAACUUGUAAUGUCCUGGAAUGCCUUUUGUAUUACCUUCCCUUUCUUUCUUCUUCCCGCUGAAUAUUGCAAUCCAUAAGUGAUAAGUCAGUGAGUAUUAUGUACUUGUUCUAUUUGUCUUGAUAUUGGCAGCCUUUACUUGCUACUUCUCUUUUUUGGGUUUCAUCUGAUGGGCUAUACAAGAGGAGUUAGCCAUCCUUUUCCCAAAUCCCUGCCCACCCAACUCAAGGUUUGAGCUUGAGAUGUCCAACUUUGAAUCUCAUACUCUUAACUAGUUAACCUGCCCCCUUGGGUGCUUUACUUGCUACUUCUUUAACACUGGUUAAAGUUAAAUAGAUAUGCUAAUGGUUUGUUUUUUUCAUAUUGAUGGCAUGGUGUCUUUAAAGGCUGUUGAAGUCACUGGAGAAGUG